AUGAAUAGAGAUGUGAUGUCAAGAGAAGAAGAGAAAUGCGAAGCACUACAACGAGCGUUAUUGGACUGCCACCGUCGUAUCCCUUCCGGUCCAGGUCGUAACUCCGCCUGUCGUCACCUCAACAACGCCCUCGCCAUCUGUCUUGUUUCAUUAGCUUGCCCUGAACAAUCUGAAGCGGUGCGUACUCUCUGCUCCAGCGCCGGCACCGCUCUUAAACGCCGUCAAUGUCAACAGGCUCAGAUUUCUCUCUCGCUAUGUCUUGAUUCUCACUCAAAUCCCUAACGGUAAUUGUUGCCCCAAAUUAAUUAUAAUUGCUAGAAUAUUCCUGUUUGUUUAUUUAGGAAUUUGCUUUUAGGUUGUGUAAUUUUGUUUGUAAUUGUGUAAUGUGUAUCCAAUACAGAAAAAAUAUAAUUAUUAUGUAUUUUAGCUAUGAUUUUGUAAA